CUGAGCGAAAGGGAAGGAGGAAAAAGCAGGAAUAAAAAGGGAAAGAGCUUCUGACAGGGGACGGAGAGAGGCAGCAGCGAGACACAUCUGCGGACAGACACGCACACAGACAUGGAGGGCUCCACGGAGGAAGAAUACAAGGAGAAAUUACUGUGGAACGUGAAACGUGAGGUGAAACAGAUCAUGGAAGAAGCAGUGACCAAGAAAUUUGUCCACGAAGACAGCAGCCACAUCAUAGCUCUGUGCACUGCCAUCGAGGCCUGCCUGGGCCACAUGUUGAAGAGACGGGCAGCCGGCUUCCUCCGCAGCGACAAGAUCGCAGCACUCUUCACCAAGGUCGGCAAAGUCUAUGACACCGCCGGCGAAGUCUGCCGCAAAGUACAGGAACAACUUCAGCAACAGGCUGAUCUCACCAGGAGAACCCAGAGUGUGAGCCACGAACCUCUGCGGAGACAGGGCUCAUCGACGACCAGCCGGCCUCUGCAGCCUCUCUCUGCCCAGGCCAUCAAACACAUCUGGGUCCGAACAGCGCUCUUCGAGAAAGUUCUGGACAAGAUAGUGCAGUACAUUGUGGACAACUCCAGUAAAUACUAUGAGAGGGAAGCUCUGAUGCAUGACUCAGUCUUUGGGCCUAUCUUGGCAGCCCUACUGGUGGGGCCCUGCGCUCUGGAAUAUACAAAGCUGAAGACAUCAGAUCACUUCUGGACGGACCCCUCAGCCAACGAGCUGGUUCAGCGUCAUCGUAUUCAUGGGGCCCAUCGGGGCCAGGACUCAUCAGCCGGCCGCCGACCUGCUCUGGGGAUCCGGAAGAGGCAGUCCAGUGGCAGCAUGUCAGAGGACAGGUUUGCUGCUUCUGCGAGGGAGUAUGUGGAGUCUCUUCAUCAAAACUCUAGAACACACCUUCUGUACGGGAAAAACAAUGUCCUUGUGCAACCGAAGAAGGACAUGGAAGUGUUGCGGGGCUACCUGUCGCUCCAUCAGGCUGGAGAUAACCUCACCCUGAAGUGGACACCCAACCAGCUCAUCAAUGGCACACUGGGAGACUGUGACCUGGAGAAGAGUAUCUACUGGGACUAUGCACUGACUGUUCCUCUGCGCCAGAUAGUCUGCAUCCACUGUCACCAGCGGCCUGAUUGUGGUGGUACUCUGGUUCUGGUCAGCCAGGAUGGGAUCCAGCGGCCUCCCCUCCACUUCCCCCCUGGUGGUCACCUCCUGGCCUUCCUCUCCUGCUUGGAGACUGGCCUCCUUCCACGGGGUCAGCUGGAGCCCCCACUCUGGUCCCAGAAAGGCAAGGGCAAAGUCUUCCCCAAACUGAGGAAAAGAAGCAGUGCAGCCAGACUCAUAGAUCAGGACAGGAAUGGGGAGGAGGAGACCGCUGCUGACUACGUAUUUCGCAUCGUUUACCCUGGGUAUCGAUAUGAUGCUAUCACUAUAAACUACCACCACACCACGGGCAGCCGCGCGCCGUCGCUGGACGAUGACGAGGAAGAAGAAGAUAGGCUCCAUGCUAUGAUCUCAAUGAUCUGCUCGCGGAACCUCACAGACCCUAAUGUCAUGAAAGACCACGGGGAGAUGAUGGAGAUGCAGGGUUUGGGAGGCAGCCCGUCGUCGUGGCAACAAGCUGAAGUAACCACUCAUGAGUCCCUGUGCCAGUCCUGCUCUACUGCUGCUAGCAACGUGUCAUUUGACUACCCGGCCAGCUGUACCUGCAUACAUGACACGGCAGACAUUCAUACUGUUCCUCUAAAAAUGCUCUGCCAGAACAUGAAGAGGCAGAUCGUCUCUAGGGCAUUUUAUGGAUGGCUGGCCUACUGUCGACACCUGUCCACUGUGCGGACUCACCUGUCAGCCUUGGUCAACCACAACAUCGUGCCUCCUGACAGACCGUGCGAGGCAUCCGGAGGACUCAGCAAGGAGGUGUGGAGCAAGUACCAAAAAGACUGUAAGAACUACAAGGAGCUGGAGCUGCUGCGGUUGGUUUAUUACGGUGGUGUGCAGCACGACAUCAGGAAGGAGGUCUGGCCUUUCCUGCUGGGUCACUACAAGUUCGGGAUGGGAAAAAAGGACAUCAGCCAGAUCGAUGCAAAGAUCAGCGAGCGAUACCAGCAAGUGAUGCGGGAGUGGAAGGCCUGCGAGGUGAUCGUCAAGCAGAGGGAGAAAGAGAUGCAGUCAGCGAUAUUUGCCAAGCUCUCCUCAGGCAGCAGCAUCGACAGUCACGUUCUGCGACUUGUUCACAGAGACUCCACACUGAGCAAUGAGGUCUUCAUGUCUGUGGACGAGCCAGACACAGGGAGCCAGGAGACCCCCAGUGGAGAGGACAGCACCCCCACCAUGACCACCCUGGUCCCUCCUGCUGCCCUCCCAGCAGAAGAGCGCCCUCUGGUGGAGUUUGAUUCCCCUGACUCUGGUCUCCCGUCGUCCAGAAACUACUCUGUGACCUCUGCUCACUCCCAGAUCCUGUCCAGCAUAGAUGACGGUCAGAGCACAGAGGAGGAAGGAGGGGUCGGGGAGGAGGGCAGGACUCCUGGAGGUCUAGGGGAAUGUCAGGAGUCUCUGACUGAAGACAGACUGUGCUGCCAGCUGGACAAACUGGUGACCAAUGGAGCAGCUGCAGAGGGGAUUUCACCCUCCCUCUCCUCAUAUACAAUUGAGUUGCUGGACACAGUCGCCCUCAACCUCCACAGAAUAGACAAAGAUGUGCAGCGCUGUGACCGCAACUAUUAUUAUUUCACCACAGCCAACCUGGAGAAACUACGCAACAUCAUGUGCAGCUACGUGUGGGAGCAUUUAGAGAUGGGAUAUGUUCAGGGCAUGUGUGACCUGCUCGCUCCUCUCAUGGUCAUCCUGGAUGAUGAGUGCCUGGCGUACAGCUGUUUCACUCAGCUAAUGAAGAGAAUGAGUCAGAACUUCCCUAACGGAGGAGCCAUGGACACACACUUUGCCAACAUGAGGUCACUGAUUCAGAUCCUGGACUCUGAGCUGUUUGAGUUGAUGCAGCAGAACGGAGAUUACACUCAUUUCUACUUCUGUUACCGCUGGUUCCUGCUGGACUUCAAGAGAGAGCUGCUGUAUGAAGAUGUGUUUGCUGUGUGGGAGGUGAUCUGGGUGGCUCCCAGGAUAUCUUCGCGGCACUUUGUCCUCUUCUUGGCCUUGGCCCUCGUCACUGUUUACCGAGAGAUCAUAAUCGACAACAACAUGGACUUCACAGACAUCAUCAAGUUCUUCAAUGAAAUGGCUGAACGUCAUGAUGUCCAACACAUCCUGAAGAUAGCACGAGAGCUAGUGCACAAAGUCCAGUCCCUGAUGGACAACAAGUGACCCUAAAAGAGGAGGAGGAGGAAGAGGAGGAAUGGGAGGAUACAGAGGAAGGAAGAGCGUGGUGCUCCUCCUCUCAUCCUUCAGUACACUCCAUUCUUUAUCCUGAUCCAGUUUCCAGACCUCCACCCUGUCCACAGCAGGUCCAGGGGGUCCUCCCUGUACAGGAGGGAGUGGGGGCUGGGUUGGCCCCCGGCUCUGGAGCUCAGCCUUGAUCUGUUUACAUUUACCUUCACAUGGAAUGCCCAUGGUGUCCGUUCAAACAUGUGGAUUUGUCUGCAUGCUUGUGAGUUUGAUGACACUGUGACCGCAUUCUUAAGUCUCCCCAGUCUACAGAGCUUGUGUGGGUGCAUGAAGACACACACACACACACACACACACUACAUUGGCUCAAUUAUCACCAUUUUUCUACAGUCCCUUUUUAUCUAACAGAGCGUAUUUCAUACUGACCCUGGAGGAAUACAGGAGGAGGUCUGAGGCAGUGUUUGACAGAUGUAUUUCUCCAUGUGCCAGUAGAGGUCACUAGAGUGCAGAAUUUACAUAGUCAGAGGAGCAGAAGACUUAGCCACGAAGAAGUUCUCAUUUGUGACCAAAUGGACUGUGCCAACUACCUUUUCAUGAGUGUUUUCUACAAGCAUGCAUGUUUUUACCCCCUAUAAGCCCACAUUUGAAUUGUUUUUACUUUUUUGUCCAGGAGUUCAUUAUCACACUAAUGUUGCCUUUAUCUGUAACAGCCCAAGGUACUUUGUUGCACUUUUUGUGAGGGUUUUCCUUCCUGGUGCUUGUGAAGGCCUCAUCAGAGUCAGUAGGGGCUGGAGGUGCCAAAAAAAUGGCCAAACUGUUGUAAAACUCAGGAUGAAUUGCAUCCAACUUUUCUGAGCAUGUUAAUCAAUCGUUAGACAUGUUGAGUCCUUGUUCCAAGAAAAAAAGGGGAAAGAAAACUACAGUAGAGCACAAUGAGAAGACAAAAGCACACAGCCAUUAUCAAUCGUGUCCGUUUCUGUUUGGGUUUAUCAUGAUUGUAAUGCACAGUUAUAGCUAAAAUACACAUUAUUAUACAUAUACUCAAAAGAGACGCUAGUUAGAUAAAUAUUAUAACAGAAAAAUACACCAUCUUUAAUGUCUACUGGGAGUGCUGGUAUUAUUUUUCAUAUUGUCAGGAAAGACCAAAACCAGUGUCCUUUUGGUCUCUCCUCAAAUAUUGAAGUCUAUUGGCUCUAAUAAAGACUUUCAUUUUAAUUGAUGUUUCCCUUUGGAAUUAAGAGUUGAACAUGCAUUUAAGUGGUAUAGUCUGAUUUCUAAACCCAUUCAGCUCUAAUGGAAAGGUGGUUGCAAUUGUCCAUGUGCAUCCUGAUUCCCCUGCCUGAAGUCCAGGCUAUGGUAAUGCAAGUGAACACUGGACAUUUUGGGAAAUGCACUUGUUUGUUUUCUUCUUAUAUGUGUUUUUUGAGCACAUAUAAGAAGAAACUACAGCCAGGAAAUGCUAGGAGAGAGCAGUGAGUCUGGGUCUGGUUCAGACAGGUCUGCAGCUGAAAGGCUUUCCUUUAAAAGCCAGGCUGACUUUCACAAAGACCAACGGCGGCUCGGAUUAAACUAAAAUGUCAAAAUGUAUCUGUUGCACAGAGCUGUGUAGGUCUUGUUUAUAUUAAGUAGGACUAAUUUGCUUUGAAUUCAGGGUAAAUUAAGACUUUCUAAAAAUUAAAAUGUAUGGAUGAAAACAGCUCAUUUCACACCAGCAGGAAAUCUUGAACCCAUAAAGACCAAGAACAAUUCUUGUUUAUGUUUUUUUUUUUUUGGGUGACUUUUUUCUCUACAUUCAACAUUUCCUAGGGGAUUUUUCCGCUGUUUGCUAUAAUAUUAUUCUCAGCACUUUGCAUUUUUCAGGUAUUUUCUUAUAUAUAAUUUAUAUUUAAUUUAAUUUAUGUUUAAAGUCAAAGUUUAUUAUAGCAAAAUAGAUUAAGCUGAGGGAAAAGUGACUUUUCAACAAAAUAUGCCAUUAUCUGAACAAAACAACAAAUUCCAUCAAUUAUCUAAAACCUGUUUUUAUCGAUGAAUCAAUGUUGCGGAAAAUGAUGCUGUUUCCACUUUGACUACAGAGCCUCUGAACCUCCGAAUGGGUCAUAUCUGAUGCAGCUGAAAAGCUGAGAAACUUCAUUUUAGCUGAAUUCUUUACAUGUGUUGAUAAGAUUAGAGGUUCAGAAGUUAUUGAACAUUUUAGAUCAGUAGAUGCUUUUGGUCAUCAUUGGCUGUUUAGGCAGACAGGUAUUUUACCAGCGAAAAUUCAGAUAUAACUUUAAAAAAAACAAAACAUAAUGACACUCAGUGUUGUGGGUCUUUUAACUCCAUGGGCUCCAGACAGUUUCCUUUGACUCAUCACUGUGUAUUUCUAGUGGUUAUUAAUGUCUUUAAAAACAUUCUCUUCACAUUUAUUUUUCCACUAAUCUAUCUAACUUCUGGUGCGAGGGUCACCCCUCAAUCAAAAUAAUAUUAAAAUAUUUUGAAAAAUGUUUUCAUUACCACUUGCAAUCUACCUCAUGUGACUCACACAAAUAUCUCAUUUUCAAACAAGGUAAUGUGGUGAUUCAUGUUAUAUUUUACCGUUAGCAUAAGUUAGCAGAUAAGACAUCUUUAAAAUAUAUUGUUACAUUGACUAAAGACAAACUUUUGAAAAGUCACAAAAAUCUAAAUGAAGUGUAUUCCCAUAAACUAGUUUGGCGUGAAUGAUCUAGGCUGCGUUUUGUGACCAGCAGAUGGUGUUGUAGGCCAAGAUACACUUUACUUAAUGAACAAACUAGAAGAAGCAGAGCAUUAUGUAGUUUUGGUCUAAAAUGUCUUUGAUGGCCUUUACCAAGUAUAAAACAGAGGGAUGAUGUGGUCUCCCAUCAGUCCGUAUCAUCCGUUGUACCAGACAUGUUUUCACAUGUGGACACAGAAAACAGCUGACCACAUCACACUGUUCCAAAGUUAAAUGUUCACUACAGUAGAAUUUAUCCAAUGAAGGUAUUUCCAUUUCCUCUAUGAGCAUUUACCCUUUGGUGAAUAAUGACCAAAACUCUGUCAAGUGAAAAACAAAAUGUGAAAUUCAGGAAUUUCGUUUUCAUAAAUGUUUUCUAGUACAAAAUUUUAAAAUGCACAUUAAUUCCAUUUAUGUUUAUGCACUUCCUUACUAAUUAUACAAGUUAAUAAAGUACACAAUGUUUUAUACUUUUCAAUACAGAAAUUACUUAUACAUUGCAUAUUACAGAUUCAAACCACAAACAAAUCACAAAAAUCAGAGUUUCCAUCUUUUCUUCAGGUGGUGUGUGUCAAUAGUGAAACUUACUGUUACCAUGGUAACACAGACCUUAGCUGUAAUAUAGCCCUGGGAAUAGGGCUGAGACGGAUUGGCAGAUAUUUCUUUUUGUGACUUAUAUUAGGCUUAACGAAGAGCAAAGCAGGUCUAACACUUCAUGUCAGGCACCUUUUAUGAAAGUGGACUGAGGAGGAUGUUCACGCUCUGCUGAUCUAGUGAUCUCCUGGCUGUAGUUUGUUUGAAUUGACAAGUGUUAAACUGAUCUCCUCAGCAGAUAGGUUUAUUUACCAAAUGUCCGACUAUUUACACUGAUGCUCAGACUGGGUUGGUCUAAUUAACCAACAUGUGUUCCCAGGUAAAGUUACUUGACACAAAGCUGCUUUUAAUGCCAAAUUUAUCUAGUGUUUAAUGAAUCCAAUAUGUUCAAGGCUUCACCGUUUUGGCUUCAAAGUAACAGCACAGACUCAUGUUUGUACCUGAAGGGAGUUAGAGUAGUUUUGAUACUGUUUCUAAUACCCCUUGUUAGUGUGACCCUUUAUCUUCACCCUCCUUGUCUCCUAAAAAUUGUCCCAUAUGGCUGCAUAUGAUUGGUCAUCCAGCACGGACCUGCACCUGUGAUUCAAGUGCCAAGAGUCUUCCCCUAUCCUGAAGUGUACUGUAGUCAUCUGGCUCUCUGAUUCGCUAGUUUGAUUUCAGGAACGGGUGGAGGUGUGGAUGUAUGCGGAUUGCAGAACCUCGCUAUGGCCUCUCGCGUCCCACCCUGCUGCUGUGACCACUGAGAUGGGUCAGCAGGGACCCCGGGGUCUGUAGCGGAGCUUUUUUCUUCCAAUCAGGACGUUGUGUACCAAAGCCUUGAAACAGCCCCCUCUGUGGCAUGACGACAAUGUGCAAUUUCAUACUGCAUCUUGAAAACUGACUGUUUACUAUGUGUGUAAAAUAUUUUUGAAAAUUGUGAUCUUUAAUUCUUUAACUACUGUGCAAUUUCUGUCAUUUGAGAAACCCAUCAAAGUCUAUAUUGCUGUAAAUACAAACCGAAAGCCCAAUAUUUCUAUGAAGACCAUCAGAACAUAUAUAACUUAUUUUGAAAUCUAUUUUUUAUGGUGGUUUUAGCAGCACUAGGUGGAGAUGUAUAAUGUGCAGAAAUGCAGAAUGUGUGCAGACUAUGUUACACGUUGACUGUUAAGUGUUCUUUCUCAAUGUUGUGCACUGACUUAAAAAUUUCAAAUUUCUAUUUAUUUAGAGAGCCAAUGAUUGCAUUGCUGAAUAUGUAUUGGUAAGGAUGUAUCAUUUGCCUUGAAUGUAAUGUAUUAUUAAAAUAACAAUUUGUUCAUUUCUUGUA